AUGUCCCAGAAAUCGCCGAGGAAUCAAUUGGAAUGUAUAGAAGAUACAUUAGACGAAUUACAUGACUUCCUCACUAAUAACAACAGUUUCCAAAAUAUUGGGAGUGAAAAUAUUUUGCACAUUGCACUUUCGUAUGGAGAAAAAAAAUUAUACGAGAUAAUCAAAGCUAUUAAUGAAGAUUUAGAAAACGUCGACUUUGAAGAUGAUAGAAAUCCAUGCAAUAUAUUAGUGAAAAUAUUAAAAUGUUGGAACAUAUGUUUAGAUCGUAUAAAAUUGGAAGAAAUACGCAUAAUCGAGAUAAGAUAUUUCGUUGAAAGUUUCUUCGACGUUAUUAUUGCAACACUGAGUAAUUGCAAAGCUUGGGCAAAAAAUAAUCAAGAUAGAUCUUCUGUGCUUUCAAGCUAUUUAACAUCUCUGUUCUGUCAGUGCACCGAUGCAUUAAAUUUAUUCUACGAUUUUUUAGAUUCAGUAUAUUCAAAUACUUCAUUUGACGAAGAGGAAGAAAAGGAAAUGGCAAUUUUAUUGACAAUAUUGGACAAUACGGCAAGAGUCGCGACAUUACUCGCGGAUACCGAUUUAAAAACAUUAAUGGACGCGUGGAAACGAUUUGGUAAAUUGACCAGCAAAUAUUUCAAUGAAUUAAAAAACUGUUCACCCGACACCAUAACGCAUCAUUUUAAAGGAUUAUCAAAGAGUAUCGUUAGCGUUCUAUCAUAUAUUAAUCAAAAGCAAGCUAAAUCCAGUGAGCGGCCUAUAAUUUGCUGCCGAAUAUUAAUAAAGAUUUUGGAAAAACUAUGCGCUGUUUUUUCUGGUUACAUUCCAUAUGAUGUUAUGAAUGAAAUUAUAGUUAUGAUUAUUAAUGUAUAUAUGUAUACGGAACAGAUUCUCAAUAUAAAAGGCUACAGUGCCGAAUUUAUUAAAUUCAUUAGGUCAAACUUUGAGUUUAUCAUCGAACCUUUUAUAGACGUUGUUUUUCAAAAUGAUAGCUUUAAAUCGGCCUUAUUUAACUAUGAGAAAAAUACGGAUAAAAAUAUCAUUGGUUAUCAUUUAUUAUUACUAGCAGUCGUAAAAAAAAUAUCUUCUUUACCUUAUGCAAAUCAGCGUGAAUGGUGUAAUAAGGAACAAUGUAUUAUCGACGCAUGUUUUCAAAAUAUUGAUAAAUUGACGACUGAUAUUUGUAUGGGAGAAUUGCAAAUACAAGUAUCUCAAGAUGUUGCUCAAGGAUCGUAUACGGCAAAUAUUUACGAAGCUACGUUCCUUGGUAUAUGUGCACUCGUUUGCCAGACUAAAAACUCAGAUUUUUCUCAACUUACAAUAUUAUUAUUAAGAUAUUUAUUAAGCGGUAAUUUUUUUAGUUCGUUACUCAGCUCGGAUGUUUGGUGCUUUAUUUGCAGAUUAGGCUCACCCGAAGUCUGUUAUAAUCAUUUCAAAUAUUUAAUCCAAAUCUACGAAAUGCUUAAAGAACGAAAAAAUAACCUUAACGUCGUUAUACUCUGUAACUUGAUUGGCCGACUAUAUAACUUUCUUUUGGACACCGAUAAGAUAGACUACAUUAAUGGCUUAAAAAACACGUGCGAUCCUCACUCCUGGAGUCCAAUAACACGAGUGAUGGAUGUACAGGAAAAGAAACAGCUACAAAGAAAGCUCGAUGUUAUUAGUGUGCAUGAUCGAAUUGCAAAAGAUUUGAGAAAUUUAGAGGAACAGCCUUCGUUAAAUAGUUUAGAUUCACUAAUGAGAGAUUUAGCAAUUAUUGAGACUGAUGAUGUGCCACAAGACGAAGAACUAUGCGACAUUUUCAUUAAAAUGUGGAAUAAAUUUGUUUAUAUUCUAAGUGAUUGUGACGGUACGGUUUUACUUCUAUUAGAGAAGUUUGGAUCGUCGCUAUUAAGAGUCAUGCAGCCACGUGAGAAACAAGAUAAAUAUAUAACUUCGAUACUCGAGUCAAUGGCAAUGAUGUAUCCUUACGCCUCGAGCGGUUUUCGCCUGGAAUUUUGCCAUUUCUUUACGAGAUGCGCCGCAAGCUUCAGCGAGCCCCAUAAAACCAUCGUUGCUGAUUUAAUUUAUCGUAUGUUGAGCGACGAGGACUCGUCCGUGCAGCAACAAUCUUUCAUGGUUAUUCACGAGCUGACACUCGUAUGCCAGAGCAUGGACGUCUUGUCGUCCGUGGCUUUAGCCGUGAAGAAUGGUCGAGCCGACCUGUCCAUGGCCUUAUCCGAGUACAUUGCUGGCAAUGUACCUAAGAAUCUUGAUAUGGAUGAUUUUUUUUUGAAUUUAUGCGCCUACUGGGCGGAAAAUUCGAAGCACGUCUGUCGGAAGAGAAGCCAGACGAAUCGCGAAAAGAUCCCGAAGUUAAGCGAAUCGAUGGCCAGUUCAUCGAAUCAGUUGGAACAUGUUGAGAAACAAGCGGACAGGGUUUGCGUUGAUAUGGAGCUGAUGCUCAGGUUCAAAGAGAACAUGAAAAAGGAUACGAGGGAUCGACUACGUCAAUUAUGCCUCAAGUUCCUCGACCAAUGCGAUUGAAAGUGAUUGAACAAACGAGGUAACGACGGCGAUUGUUAUUAUCGAUUAAUGUUGCACAAUGAAUGGCAAAUGUUUAUGACAUACGAAUGUAGACACGAGCUUACGUACGUACGAAACGCUUGUAACGCAGAUUCGGCCAUUUUAUAAUGUCAAUCAUUGUUAUCGUAGUAAUUUUGAAAUUAUUUAAAGCAUGUUGUUGGCUCGGUUAAUAUUAUUCACUUUGUCGCUUAACUAUUUCAAUUCAUACUCAACACCUUACUUCAUAGUCAACAAAUAUCUGUUAUUGCGAUGAAAACUUCAUUAAUUUUAUUAUGAAAAUCAUUGCAGAGA